AUGGCUUCAGAAGACCAAGCCAUCUUAGAACAAAUCAGUCGUCUAGCUGGUCGAAUCAAUCAACAUAAGAACAACCAGUCAACCGAUCCACAUAAUCAAACACAUGUCCCUUCGCCUGCAAAUGGUUACCAUCCACAAUCGAAUACUCGAGGAGGUCAUGGAGCUUAUGCAUACCAUCCCUAUGCAAACAGUAGCUGGAGAGGUAGUCGAGGUAGUCAUAGGAGCGCAUAUUCUACGAGAGGAUACCGAGGCGGAAGAGGCGGUGCUGGUAUCGUGCGGCAUCGAACGCUUGUGUUAAACGGUGGUACCUCCGUCCCACCAUCACAGUCGGACUCAUCAAACGUAACUGCAUCUGCAGAUGAGAACGAGCGAUCCUCCUCUGCUGGUUACAUCACAAAAACCGAUCGUCAUCUUCAGUUGAUUAACAAGUCAUAUUUUGAGAAAGAUAGUCAGAUUCGCGUCAAAGCCAUUGAGGAAACCAGAAAACAGAAACUUAAACAAAGGGAUGAACGGGAGAAGUUAAAGCUGAGCAGACAUUUGCAACGCCUAAGUGCGAGUUCUAGCUCUUCCAUGGUCCAACCCACUGGAACAACCAAUUAUGAAGUUACGGUCAACGGAAUCCGAUUUAUUGUCACAAAGAACGGUAGCAAACUUGUGAAAGCCCCUGGUGAUCUUACUUCCGCAAAUACUACCCCCAAGACUACUUUGAUUGGAGGUGUCAAAUUCUAUAGAAGCAAGAAUGGAAAUAUGUAUCGCGAAGGGAUAAUCAAAGCCACUAGGAAGCACGGAAUCGUUAAGAUCAACGAGCCAUGCAAAUCAUUCACCAAUACGGGUACUUGUAACAAAGGCCCCAAAUGCCGAUAUAUUCACGACCCUUCAAAGGUUGGAGUAUGUAAAGCUUUUCUUCUCAAAGGUGAAUGUCCUAAUGGAGAUUCAUGCGACCUGUCUCACGAUCUUACUUCUGAAAGAACACCGAAUUGCUUGCAUUUUGCCAAGGGCAAUUGUUCAAACUCGGAUUGUCGUUACACCCACGUUCGUGUUUCACCGACAGCAAUGGUUUGCCGGUCUUUCGGAAUCUAUGGAUACUGCGACAAGGGAACCACUUGCACAGAGCGACACGUUCACGAAUGCCCGGAUUUCAGCAACACAGGUACUUGCACUACGAAAGGAUGCAAACUUCCCCACCGCAUCAAGGCUAGUGUUAUUCGUAGGAAUGCAGCUACUGGUGAAUCUUCUCCCGGUGAUCAAUCGAGUGAUAUCUCGAGCGAUGAAGAAGACGAGGUAGAUAGCGAUGACGUUGAUUCAGAUGCCAUUGAUGAGGAGUUUUUUGGCGACGAAGAUGGAGAAACGGAACCUGGAAUUCUCGCACAGCAAGAUUACGUGCAAUUUUCCUGA